AUGGAGUUGCGCCAGGGCAGGCUGCCGCAGGGGGGCUUCGAGCAGCUCCAGCUGAAGAGCCGCCCCGAGACGGCCGCCCCUUCCCUCGCCCGGCUGGGCAGCACCAUCUACAGCACCGUCCAGCAGCAGGACUACUCCGCCAGCGUGUGGCUGCGCAGGAGGGACAAACUGGAGCACUCUCAGCAGAAGUGCAUCGUGAUCUUCGCGCUGGUCUGCUGCUUCGCCGUGCUGGUUGCCUUGAUAUUCUCCGCCGUGGACAUCUGGGGGGAGGACGAGGAUGGCAUCACCGAGGAAAACUGCAGCAAAAACUGUCGGAUAGUACUUGUGGAGAAUAUUCCGGAAGACAUCUCCUUCUCGGAUAAUGGUACGGCUCAUGUCCCCCUCUCCGUGGGUCUGCAUACCCUUUUGGACCUGGCCAAUCGCUCGGUGGAGAUUGUGUCGUCUCACUGGGCCCUGAACUCCACAGACCCCGAGGCCAGCGGAUCCUUUGCCAAACAGGGCCGCCUCCUACUCCAGAGGCUCCAGGGGCUGGAGACCCGAGCCGUCAACCUGAAGGUGGCCAGCGGUCUGACCGAGUCCGCGGAGCUUAGGGGCCUGGCGGAUCACGGUGCGGAAGUGCAUUACCUGAACAUGACAGCGCUGACCAAAGGCCACCUGAACUCGUCCUUCUGGGUGGUGGACAGGAAGCACCUGUACAUCGGGAGUGCCAGCAUGGACUGGAGGUCGCUGUCCAAGAUGAAGGAGCUGGGGGUGGUGAUCUUUAACUGCAGCUGCCUGGCGCUGGACCUCCACAGGAUCUUCUCCCUCUACUGGCAGCUGCAAUACAAGGACUUUGUGCCGUCCAUCUGGUCCAAGCGAGUGACCGCCCUCUACAACAAGGACAGGGCACUGCCAGUGCUCCUCAACGGCACCAAGGCCAACGUCUAUGUGUCUAGCUCUCCAGAUGUCUUCUGCCCCAAAGACCGGACUCGAGACAUCGAUGCUAUAUUCCGCAUGAUCCAGGAGGCCCGAAGGUUUGUUUACAUAUCCAUCAGAGACUACCUGCCCCUAAUCAACAGAGUCCCGCACAGGUACUGGUCUCGCAUCGACGGGAUGAUCCGGGAGGCCCUGAUCCUGAGGGGCAUUAAAGUGCGGCUGCUGAUCAGCUGCUGGAAGCAGACCCACCCCCUGACCUUCAACUUCGUGUGGUCCCUGAAGUCGCUGUGUAUGGAGAGGGACAACUGUUCCCUGGAGGUGAAGUUCUUCAGCUUGAGGGACCAGAGGAACGGAACAGCACGUGGAAUCAACCACAACAAGUACAUGGUGACAGACAGCGCUGUCUAUAUAGGGAACUUCGACUGGGUGGGGAACGAGUUUGCAUACAAUGCGGGGGCGGGACUGGUUAUCAGCCAGGUGCAGGGCCAGGAGGAGAAGAACGCCACAGUGGUGGAGCAGGUGAAGGCCGUGUUCGAGAGGGACUGGUACUCCCACUACACCAAGACCCUGCAGGCCGACAAGGUCCCGGAAUGCAGCAAGCACAAAGCCAGCCAGGCCCCGCGGCCCAAAACAGCCAGCUGA